AUGCCCCGGCUUCUGCUCUUCCUCCCUCUCCUCAUCCUCAGCCGCGCCAUCGCCGCCUCCGUCAUCACGGCCGCCGGUGACCGGGCGCUGCUGGCCGAGCUGGUGGCACCGGCAGAGCCCGGCCCGCCUCCGGCACUGGGGGUCCCGUGCCGGGCGCUUCUCCCCGAAACCCUGCCCGGUUUCUGGCGGCUGCCGGCGCUGCCCCGUGGGCUGGCCCGUGCUGCCAUGGCCCUGGCGCUGCGCGGGGCCGGCUGUGCCGCCCAGGCCGAGGCCGAAGCGCUGGAGCUGGCUCGGGAGCUGGGGACCCCCAGAGCCGCGGCGCUGCUGCGGGGGCUGGCGCUGGUACCGGGCUCUCCGGCCCCGCGGCCGCUGGCGCUGCUGCUGCUGAGCCUGGCACGCCCGGGGGGCUCGGCCUGCCCGGAUCCCACCCGGCUCCGGACCCCCGAGCUCGGCACCGCUCCGCCUUUGGAUGGAGGCGCCCGGGAAUCGCCGGGGGUCCGGCGGUGCCGCGGUGCCGUGCGGCGCCGCAGGGAGGAGGAGGACGCCUGCAGCCCGGCGGGGGAGCGAGAAGCCCACCGGGUGAUGGAGUGGGUGCCGGGAGUCAGCGUCUUCUACAACCUGGGCACCAGCGUCUACUUCGCCUUCCAGGGCUGCGAGGCCACGGCGUCCACGCGGGCGCUGGAGGCCGCCGAGGAUCUGGGCUACGCCGGGCUGGCCGCGCUCACCGGCGGCCUCGGGGGGCCCGUGGCCAUGGGGGUGCAGCUGGGGCUGCAGCCGGGGCUCAAGGCCGGCGUGCGGGCGCUCAUCGGCUACUUCACGUCGGCCGGGGAGCCCUCGCCGGUGCCCACCGCUCACAGCGGCGCCGUGGUCAUCGUCUGA